AUUUUAUUUUCUAAAUAAUUUUCUAAUUCAAUGUUCUUUAAUGUUCUUUUUUACUUGUUUUCUUAAUGUUUUCUUUUGGAUAUGAGUAAAGACCUGCUGUGAAAAAUAUUAUCCUAUUGUGUGCAAAAUAAUCCAAAACAAUAAGAUUUUGCAGAUUGUAGUAUUGUUUCAGGUGCAAUUUAAACAUGCCAUAAAUGUUUCCCAAGUUAUAUUAUUAAACUUUUUAUCAUAACUGAAUUAAUUAACAUCUUCUAACUAAUAUGUUCUCUUGUUAUUAUAAUUGUGUACCACAAAAAAAAGACAUCAACACAUUUUUUUACCUCAGAAAGGAAGUUUCAAAGUGGAAUUUAAAAGUCAGAGACCACAUGAAAAUCUGGAAUUUAAAAUUGUAUUAUACCUGGAGAAAAUGUGAAGGCUUUGCAAAAAGAUUUACUCAAAUUAUUGCGCUGAAAAUAUUAUGUUGAAAACAAAGUAGGCCUAUAUUAAAAUAGUAAAAUACUCAAUUAAAAGCUUUUUCAGUUGUGUUCUCAAAAAUGAAAUGGUUUGCACAACAAAAUGAUUGACAGCUGUGAAACAUGCCACGCCCCCAGCUGAAAUCGCCGCUGUGAUUGGACAAUGUGCGCACGCUGCACGCUCCACUGUUUAUGCUCCAGACGCGGUUUAAUUCAGCACAGAAAACGGGCAUUAAUUAUCACAAAACAUGUUAGAGGACAUUUAAAACCUGGAUUUUGGCGUCAAGGGUUAAUAACGUAAAUUGUGGGUUACUUUAUGUGUUUUCCUCUAAGCUUCUAUUGUUCUUGCUGCAUGAGACACAGAUGCAGUCUUGCAGGAUGUCAUUUACACGCUGCAAGACGAUUUGUUUUCAGACGCCGUAAGCUUUUGUGAAAUGAGGUAAGCACAACUUUUAUUGAUGCUUUUUUUCACAGUACAUGAACUUAAUGUUCUAUGUUUAGUAUGUCAAGCAAAGUUCACAUUAUUGUAACGUGGACCUUUCACAAUUAAUUAAUUUGCAAAGUAAGACAUGUAGCCUAAUGGUUUGAAGAAAAGAUAAAUCAUUCAGUAGUAGAAUUUUUUUUAUUGAUUUAAGUUUUCCUUUUUCAUUUAAGAACAGACCAGUAUAUCUAUCUGUCUAGCCUUCCAUAUGCUACUAGUCAGUCAGUCACAUAUAGAUCUGUUAAUUCUCUUUGCAAUUCAUGUAUAUUUCUCCAUCGACUAAGAUUUUUUUUUUUUUUUUGACACCUGUGUUUUGAUAUUUCUACUCACAGUGAAAAGGAAGCCUUAUCUUUAUGAGCCUGUUCAGGUUAAAUUGGUAAUCUAGUGUAGGUAAGUCUAUAACUGGUUAGGUAUUCUAUAAUGCAACCACAGCAGACUUUAACAGUUUUUGUUUUCAGGGUGGUUGUAAUGGGUCACAGGGGACCAGGGCAUUUGUCUGACCUUAUCAAGCUGUAUAAUGAGGAUUCUGUCCACACCCUAUGCUCAGUGUUUGAGCGUGAGUGGGAAAAACAACAGAAUUACAGUAAGAGGUCAAACCUAGAAGAGGAUUCUGGAAGAGAGUUACUGCUCAUCUCCAGGAAAGCCAAUGGUUACUCUCUCCUUUAUGCGAUAUGGAUGACAUUUCAUCCAGCCUUAGUCAAAGUUGUGCUUCUGAGAGUGUCAACUGAUCUUUUUAGCAUUUUAGGUCUUCUGACACUCAGGUGGGUGAUCUUGUUCUGUGAGAGGCAGGCUGUGUUUAACUGGGCAGGAUACACACAUUCUCUGGUGGUUUUGGGAGCAGUUUGCUGCUGUGCCGUUUCUCAGCAUCAAUUUGACAAACAUAGUAGGAUAAUUACAGCCAAUGCACAAGCGGUUCUGGCUUGUGCCCUCUACAGGAAGACAGUGUCUUUUUCCCAUAGUUCUCAGCGACAAUACAACACCACUCAGUGGACGGAUGUAUUAGGCCAAGUUGAAUGUGUACCAGAGCUGGUGGUCACAUUGACCUGUCUCUGGUCCUGCCCAUUGAGAGUCACUCUCUAUCUGUGUUUACUUUGGGGAGAAUUGGGCCCUGGCGUGCUGGUGGGGGUGCUAUUGCUACUAGUCCUCAUCCCUGUCAACUCUGCAGUGGAGCACAAAGCCAAACAGCUUCGGAAAACUCAGCAGAUCAUCAGGAAAAGGAGUGAACAGCUCAUCAAGGAAAUGUUGCAUAACUACCAGGCCCUGAAGCUUCUUGCAUGGGAGUCUUGGUUCCAUCAGAGAGUUACAGAAUCACGGGCCAGGGAGCUGGAGGUGCUAAGAAUUCUGGGAUAUUUGACAGCCUUCUCUAUGCUCGACUCUAUCUGUAUGCCUUUCCUGGUUGGUUUCUCUAGUCUUGGUGUGUUUGUCCUGGUGGAUGAUGGGAAUGUUCUCACACCGUCUCAGAUCUUUACAUGCCUCUGUUUCUUCAGAUUGCUCCGCCCACCUCUGCUGGAGCUCCCUGGGCUCUUGUGUGUUCUCAAGCAGGCACAGCAGUCUCUUUGCCACCUGGAGAAAAUAUUUCUCACAGAGGACCUGGGCACCUCUCAGUUAUUUACUACAAAAGGUGCUACAGAAGACAUUCCACCUGACAGCCCUCAACAGCCAUGUGAUGGGUAUAAAGAUGAGCUCAGUAAUUCUGAUGAGAAACGAGAUCACUCUCUAUUCCAAAAAGGCAGUGGAGAGACCCACAGGGUGUAUCUGAGGGCUUUUGGCUGGCACUGGGUGUCAGUUACCUCACUGGUCUACCUGUCUGUGUGUGCUGUUAGUUUAGCACAGGAUGCCGUCCUGAGUGUGUGGACGGGUGAAGCCAAAGAAGUUCAAGGCCUGGAGGAGUGGAGAGAGCUCAGAAACUCACGACUGUCUGCGUACGCACUGCUCGGACUCCUGCAAGCCUUGCUUGUGUGCUGUGCCGCUUACUGUCUGACCUGCGGUUCUCUCAGGGCUUCUCAUACGCUACACUCUGAGCUGCUGUCAGAUGUUUUUCACCUCCCUGUACAUUCCCAGAAGACAGACGCCAGAUGGUCUCUGCAAUCAUUCACUCAGGAUAUGCAGGUGGUUGAUGAAGAACUGGCCAAACAUUUGCACUGCUGGUUGAGGAGCCUUUUGGACAUAUUGAGCACCAUCACUUUGAUCAUCUAUAUCAUGCCAGUUUUCAGCCUAGCUGUGUGCCCGCUGAUAAUGCUCUUCCUCCGUAUUCAGUCUAAUUUUUCUUCAGAUAACUUACGAAUCAGACACAUUGAGGCAAACCCUGUUGUUUCAGUUACUUCUCUGGAGUGUGUGAAACAUUGUGUUGAAGUUCCACUUUCUGGGCCAAAACACAGGGAGGUGUGUCUGACGCACUGCUUCCAAGCCUCACAUCAAAACCUGCUGGUCAAGUACAACAAAACCAUCACCGAAAGUUGGGCUGUGUUGCAGUUUGAUGGUGUUGCUGGGAUUGUGCUGUUCCUGGUCAGUCUGAUUCUGCUUGAGACUCAAUCUGACUCAGGGCUCGUGGCUCUGGCUUUGAUCUGUGCCUUUAAUAUUAAAGAAGCUCUUCGCCGUUACCCUCAGGCCGCCUCUGAUAUCAACAUCGACAUGCUGAGCUUGCAAAGAUUUUGUGAAUUUGCCAAAGUGGAAAAGGAGGCAGAAUGGACAGUCACCCACAGACCACCCUUUGACUGGCCCCGCCAUGGAGAGGUGAAGUUCAGGAACUAUGAGUCUGAAGCCUCCUUUAACUGCACACCAGCUCUUAGAGGAAUUAAUCUCACCAUUUUAAAAGGGGAAAAGAUUGGAGUUAUAAGCCGAAGGAAAGCAGACACCGAUAGCUUGGUUAGCUGUCUGUUCCGGACCGUGGAGGCCAGGAGUGGUGCUGUGCUGAUUGACAAUGUAAACAUUACCCGCAUGAGGCUACAUGACCUUCGGAGCCGUCUGCAAAUCAUUUCUCAGGUUCCUGUACUGUUCUCAGGACCCCUGAGGGCUAAUCUGGACCCGUUCGCUCAGCAUACUGACGCGCAGGUGUGGCUGGCCUUGGAGAUCUGCCAUCUCAAGGAACGUGUUCAACAAUUGCCUGCUCAGCUGCUGCACCCUGUUCAAAGAACGUCUCUCACUUUCAGCUUUGGCCAGAGGAGGUUACUGUGUUUAGCCAGAGCCUUGCUUGCAAGGGUCAAAAUCCUGCUUGUGGAAGAGGCUCUUCCUAGUGUGGACAUAGAAACAGAGGGCCUUGUCCGGCAGUUGAUCCACACAGCAUUUAAAGACUGCACCGUGCUGUGGCUCACUCAGAACCCACUCACCGUCAUGCACACUGACAGGGUGCUGGUUUUGAAUAAUGGACAAGCUGUGAAGUUUGACGCCCCUUCCACUGUCUUCCAGCAGGGGCCGCUGUUCAGUCAAUAAGAUGAGAACUCUUGCUUGAUCAUUUAUAAUAGGUAAAUAAUACAAUUAUUAUUUCAUAUAAUUAUAGGUUUCACAUACAUUUCACAUCAUACAUUAGGUUCCCAAAAGCACAGUUUAUUGACUCUAAUUAAUGUUCCAUAUGCCUUUGAGCAGAAUAUACUGAAUAAAAUGUUUAAAUGAUAUUGUGGAACACAAACAGACUUAUUAUAGUCAAUUGUGGGGUGUUAUAUUAAAUGUAUUUAAAUAUUUUUUUCUUUAUAUUUUUCUAUUUUUUUGUAAUGUAUUUAUUUUGAUAAUUGAAUGUUUGUUUAUUUAUUACAGCAAUAUUUGUAGCUUUUUCUGCCACUUAAUUAAAACAAAUAUUUAAGUACACACAUAAGCACACAAACAUGCCAGUUUACAUUGUUUAAUGUUAACUUCUGUUUCACGAUUCCUUAGAUACCUUAGGGCUGUUUUUACUGAAUUUUAUAUGUUUUAUUUCCAAAUUGGUAAUUUAUAACUAAAUUAUAUAUGACACUUUUGAUAGUUUUAUGUCAGUGUUUUACAAUGCAGUACAAUAUACAAAUGAAAAUUAGGUUACGCUUUAUUUUAAGGUGUCCGUGUUAGUAAUUAUAUGUAUAUAGGUACAGAGUAAUAAUAAUUAACCACAUGUACUUACUAUAGGGUUAGUUUAGGAUUAGUUUUUUUUUUUUAGGGUUAGUUGCAUGUAAUUAUGCACAAUUUAUAGUUGUUAUUAUAGUAACUACAUGUAACGUGUAUUAAGGAGACUGUAAAAUAAAGUGUUACCGAAAAUGAAUCCAGCAAUAUGAUAAAUAACAAGCAACAGCAGGUCUUCUCGUUUUUUCCUUCUAAGGGCUGUUUGAGGUUAUACACAGUGGCUGUUUGAGAUGUUUGUUGACACAUUCUCCUCGUGUCCAUUUCCUUUGCAGUUAUUGUCAGUUAUUUGUUCAUUAUGUUGCAUUAUGGUGCUGGGUUUUUUUCACAACAGUUUUCCACAUUGUAACUGCCUCCAUAUCUUUCUUUUCGUUCUCUGGUCCGGUCAGGCAUUUCAGUUGACGGUUGUUUCACCAAGAGUGUAGAUUGGCAUACAUUUUUAGAUAAUUUUCUUUAUAGCAUAUUACAACCUGUAUGGGAAUUUCCUGAAUAAAAUCCAAAACUCAAUAUAUAUAUAUAUUUGAUGUGGUUUUUAUUAAUUUUUAUGUUCCUGAAUGCUGCUCUUUUUAGCAACAUCAUGAUUACAGCAGGUUUUCCCCUGUAUUGAGAAUUUCAUCUUAUGUCCACAGUUGUCUUUAUCUAAAUCUUUUCCAGUUCCUCUGCUUGACAUUUAAUUAUUUAAAAGAUGCUUUUAUUCAAAGCGACUUACAAAUGAGGAGAGCAAUCAAGCCAAAAAUAGGGCAACAAUAUACAAGUGCUGUGUCUAGUCCCUGCUGAUGAAACUGCAAACUAUAUUCAGUAAAACUUUUCUUCAAUUUUUUUUU